AUGAAGGGCUGGCUUCAGACCUUGGGCUUAACAGCCCUAUUGGCAACUCAUGCGCUUGCCAAUGAUGCUGAACUGAAAUCUGACGACGCACACCGACAACGAUGCUCGGGGAUGUACAGUCGCAAGGCUUGGGGAGGAGAUGUUGAACCCUUCAUUUUGGUGAAGUUUGCCAAGUCGGAGGUCAAGGACAGUGAUCCGUUGGCUAGCUUGAUAAUCUUUGAAUGGUCCGAUGAGAAAUUGAUUGGACAAUACCGAUCUGGUGAUACUGAGGUCAAGGAAACCAUCUGCGAUGCCUCGAAUGUCGAAGCGAAAAUAUGCACCCAGGAGCAGCUCGGAUCUUUCGUUCUCACUAGCAAUGCGACCGACGUCUCAUCAAGCCCUAUCAUCUCGACAGCAAUUCACCUAAACAACCCGGACGCUGUGAAGUACCCCGUCAGGAAAACUGGAUUCUAUUGCGUCAGCACCUUCGCAUACUCCGGAGAGGACUACAAAGCAGUGGUCACCUUCCGGAACUCAUAUGGCGAGCUCCCGGCUGCGCAAAUUGCUAAGCUUCCAUUCUAUGGAGCACUGACGAUUGUUUACGCUGUUAUCGGAGUAUUCUGGGCCUUCCUUUACGUGCAGAACCGUUAUGAUAUUUUGCCUGUGCAAAACUAUAUCACUGCCAUUGUUGUCUUCUUGAUUGUUGAGCAGCUGAUGACGUGGGGAUUCUAUGAAUACCAAAACCGCCAUGGCUUAAAUGGUGGAGCAAAGGCACUCAUGGUAAUUGUGGCGGUACUCAAUGCGGGCAGGAAUGCCUUCUCUUUCUUCCUGCUGCUCAUUGUCUGCAUGGGUUACGGUGUGGUCAAGCAUUCGUUAGGCCGGACCAUGAUAUAUGUUCGUAUCCUAGCCAUCGCUCACUUCGUGUUCGCGGUUGUGUACUCGGUUACCAGUCUAUCAAUCACCCCGGAUAGCGCUGGUCCUCUGGUCCUCCUUAUUGUUCUGCCGCUUGCUGGAACCUUGACAGCUUUCUAUGUCUGGACCUUGAAUUCUUUGAACGCGACCAUGAAGGAUCUUAUCGACAGAAAGCAAAAGACCAAGGCGAUGAUGUACAAGAAGCUGUGGUGGUGUAUCCUUGGCAGCAUUAUUGUGAUCUUCGGCUUCUUCUUUAUCAACUCGUUCGCUUUCGCCGGGCGCAGCGACGCCAGCUUUGUGCCCGACCACUGGAAGACGAGAUGGUUCGUACUUGACGGCUGGUUGAACCUGGUCUAUCUGUUCGAUAUUGGGUUUGUGGCUUAUCUGUGGCGACCAACCGUCAACAACCGCCGCUUCGCCAUGAGCGACGAGCUCGCUCAAGACGACGAUGGAUUCGAGAUUCGAUCAUUCGGUAGUGGGUUGGACGAGGAAGAUGCUUAUGAUGCUCCUCCGGAUUAUCCAGGCAGCUCAGCCGCCGAGGGCCGCCGUGACCUCUCCCCAGUCCCUCCUAAGCCCUUCCACUCUGCUCCCAGACAGCGUGAGUCGCUUGAGGAAGAGACAAUCUUCGCAGUCGGCGAGGAGGACGGUGAGCGAUGGUCCGAUGACGAAUCGCCUCGCAAUUCGAGCGAAAGACAAAGACUCACCGGCAAAGAUAAGGAUUAG